AUGCUAGAUGCGAGCGACUCCAUUGCUUUGAUAGCAUUGGUUGUCUCUCUCGUCGCUUUGAUAGCGACUUCCCUGCAGCUUCUCCAGCAAUACUUCUCUACUGCACAGGGGUACAACCGAUGUUCCAGGCGCUUCAUUGGUGAGUGGUGUCGUUUUCGGCACCGGCGCUAUCUUUGGCGUGAGUUCCGCUUCGAAGUGACCUUUGUUCGCCCAUACAUUUAUUUGGGGUCUGUCCACGAUACCGCACCAGAACGCGCAGUGCCGAGCACAACUUUAAGGAGUCCAUUGCACUUGAUCACCUCUGUUCGAAGCGAUGAACUCUGGCGAGCGAAUUAUAUGGGCAAAUCCUUCUUGGUCGCCCAAUUAGGUAACGACCUUGUGGAUUCUCAAACACAUGCAUCUUGGACACUGUUCCUGAAGCAUGUUCGUAUAUACAGUCAACAUGCUACGAAACGACUUGUGUCUCCUUCAGACAAGUCAAUGCUGAAACCAACUUUCAGUAGGCUCGGAGUCGAUGCAAGGGAUUUAGAACAUGGGGCCGAAACUGUAAGCCAGCCACCGUAUCCAAAAGAGAAUCCAGGCUACGGGAUUUGUAUCAGGUUCGAGCCUUGCACGUGGGAUGAUCUCCCUGGAAAUGCAGGAAAACUUACAGGUGUUAUCCUCCUCCGAGACCUGGCUGUCUUGAGUCGCCUCCUAGGGCUCAACUGGUCGGAUGGUCCAUUUCUUCAGACCAAUCGGCCUCAGUCUGCAGCUAUCAGCAGUGACAACCUACAUAAUUACCACACAGGGCUUCACGCCGCCGGGAAUAGGUUAAUGAUGGCGGAGAAAUCUGCUCCUUUGCUCCACUACCAGCAGUGGGAGGCUAUGUCCCCGCACCUUCAACGGCCGCGAAAAGACACAUUUAUCAUUCAUCAAGCCACACUGGCCAUGUUCUACGGCCAUAUCAUUCCAGAUCCUCUUCUUCUACCAGAAGUCACAAGCCCUCUCGCUAUUGACGGAGAAUGCGCUUGGGACACAUUGUCGCAACGGAUGUGGUUACAGAACCAAAGUGACACAAGGGUGCGGUCGAGUCUGGUCAACUGUUUGCCGGGGCUCUGCUCCUUGAGAUUAAGCAAACAGGAUCUCUUUGCUGUGCGAGUUCCCAAGCCGCACCAUUACAUCCUAGGCCCAUUUGUGAGACCAAAGAUUGCUAGGAUAUUCAGGCGUGGAUUAGAGACAUUAUUGAAUCAGGACCAGUCGUGUAUCCUCACCGGUAUUGCCGAAGCGAUCGAUGAAUUAGAACAGUUCUCCGUCCGUGAAUCUGCAUCAGGAUCUAGAGAUGUGAAUUGCUGGACAGCGUGUCAGGGAGAAGACCCGAUGUGGGCUCAGCUCGAAGAGACAGAAGCAGACAUUUUCUUUCGGAGAGUCCACCAUUGGUUUGACCGUGUUCAGAGCGAAUUAGCACAGCUUGUUCAACGCAGUGACGAAUCUUUAGGAGUGUACACAGCCUUCUACUGGGAUCUACUAUGUUCUUGGCUCGAAUUUGUUGUCGGUUUCAAGAACGGAGAUGACUUGAAUGCAUCAACUGCCCAUGGCCCAUUCGCGCAGUGGCGAAAUAUUUUCAAGGCACUCUUUGAACACUUUGAUAUAAUUGAAGAAGGCGUCCGGAGAAGGGGGAAACGUCGCGCUGUGAUGGUGGCCAAUGGCGUCGUGUCACAGGACUUUGGGAGUCACUUUGAUGUUGUCAACCCCUGCAAAGACGUCAUAGGCUAUAAAAACAUAAUAUCCUCCGAGAUCCGCGACGCAUGUCUUGCGAUGGUCUUUCGAGCCAUGUGCUGGCACCGCUGUCAUUAUAUGAACUCAAAUGAUGAACCUUUCCGGCCGGAAUUUUACGACAAUGUACAACAAGUCGAUAUUGAAUAG